GAAGAGGAAGCACACGGAGCUAUCACAGCCUUCCUGUGAGCUGCAGAAAUUCACAUACAGACAUUUCUGAGCAGCGGCAUCUCCCAGUGUCUGCAGUGAGGAUGUGAGGUUGGUGAAUGGUGGCAGCCCCUGUGCUGGGAGGGUGGAGGUUUACCAUCAGGGAGAGUGGGGGACAGUGUGUGGUAUUGCCUGGGAUAUGACAGAUGCAGGGGUGGUGUGUAGACAGGUGGGCUGUGGAGGUGCUGUAGAAGCACCACCAUAUGGUCACUUUGGCCCAGGGUCUGGGAGAAUAUGGAUGAGUCUUGUGUCCUGCGGGGGAUCAGAAUCCACACUGAAGGAGUGUGGGUCAGGAGGAUGGGGUGUACAUGACUGUUAUCAUGAUUGGGAUGCUGGAGUGAUCUGCUCAGCCCAUCGUAUGGUCAGGCUGGUGGGCGGGGCUGACCUGUGCUCUGGGAGAGUAGAGGUGCAGCAUGGGAGCUCCUGGGGCAUGGUGUGUGAUGCUGACUUUGACCAGCGGGACGCAGAGGUUGUGUGCAGGGAGCUGGGCUGUGGAGUUCCUAAAGAGCUGCGGGGGGCAGCUGCGUUUGGCCAGGGGGAGGGCCAGGUGUGGGCAGAGGAGAUUCAGUGUUCAGGCAAUGAAUCUCACAUUUACUUCUGUCCCAGAGCACCCUCACAGAGUGAACCCUGCUCCCAUGGAAACAAUGUGGGACUGGUGUGUUCUGGCAGUGAGGAUGUGAGGCUGGUGAAUGGAGGCAGCCCCUGUGCUGGGAGAGUGGAGGUUUACCAUCAGGGAGAGUGGGGGACAGUGUGUCAUAGGGGCUGGGAGAUGCCAGAUGCAGGGGUGGUGUGUAGACAGCUGGGCUGUGGAGAUGCUGUAGAUGCACCAGGAGAUGCUCACUUUGGCCCAGGGUCUGGGAGAAUAUGGAUGAGUGAUGUGUCCUGCAGGGGAUCAGAAUCCACAUUGAAGAAGUGUCGCUCACAAGGAUGGGGUAUACAUGGCUGUAAUCAUGUACAUGAUGUUGGAGUGAUCUGCUCAGGCAACGUCAGGCUGGUGGGCGGGGCUGGCCUGUGCUCUGGGAGAGUAGAGAUGCAUUAUGGGAGCUCCUGGGGCUCGGUGUGUGAUGCUGACUUUGACCAGCGGGACGCAGAGGUUGUGUGCAGGGAGCUGGGCUGUGGAGUUCCUAAAGAGCUUCGGGGGGCAGCUGUAUUUGGCCAGGGGGAGGGCCAGGUGUGGGCAGAGGAGAUUCAGUGUUCAGGCAAUGAAUCUCGCAUUUACUUCUGUCCCAAAGCACCCUCACAGAAUCAAUCCUGCUCCCAUGGAAACGAUGUGGGACUGGUGUGUUCUGGCAGUGAGGAUGUGAGGCUGGUGAAUGGAGGCAGCCCCUGUGCUGGGAGAGUGGAGGUUUACCAUCAGGGAGAGUGGGGGACAGUGUGUCAUUGGGGCUGGGACAUGCCAGAUGCAGGGGUGGUGUGUAGACUGCUGGGCUGUGGAGAUGCUGUAGAUGCACCAGGAAAUGCUCACUUUGACCCAGGGUCUGGGAGAAUAUGGAUGAGUGAUGUCUCCUGCAGGGGAUCAGAAUCCACACUGAGGAAUUGUCACUCACGAGGAUGGGGUAAACAUAGCUGUUCUCAUGGAGAGGAUGCUGGAGUGAUCUGCUCAGCCCAUCGUAAGGUCAGGCUGGUGAGCGGGGCUGACCUGUGCUCUGGGAGAGUAGAGAUGCAUCAUGGGAGCUCCUGGGGCAUGGUGUGUGAUGCUGACUUUGACCAGCGGGACGCAGAAGUUGUGUGCAGGGAGCUGGGCUGUGGAGUUUCUAAAGAGCUGCUGGGGGCAGCUGCGUUUGGCCAGGGGGAGGGCCAGGUGUGGGCAGAGGACAUUCAGUGUUCAGGCAACGAAUCUCACAUUUACUACUGUCCCAGAGCACCCUCACAGAAUCAAUCCUGCUCCCAUGGAAACGAUGUGGGACUGGUGUGUUCUGGCAGUGUGGAUGUGAGGCUGGUGAAUGGAAGCAGCCCCUGUGCUGGGAGAGUGGAGGUUUACCAUCAGGGAGAGUGGGGGGCAGUGUGUGAUGAUGACUGGGACAUGCCAGAUGCUGGUGUGGUGUGUAGACAGCUGGACUGUGGAGAUGCUGUAGAAGCACCAGGAGAUGCUCACUUUGGACAAGGGUCUGGGACAAUAUGGAUGAGUGAAGUGUCCUGCAUGGGAUCAGAAUCCACACUGAAGGAGUGUCGCUCACAAGGAUGGGGUCACAAUUACUGUGGUCAUGGAGAGGAUGCGGGGGUGAUCUGCUCAGGCAGUGAGGAUGUGAGGUUGGUGAAUGGAGGCAGCCCCUGUGCUGGGAGGGUGGAGGUUUACCAUCAGGGAGAGUGGGGGACAGUGUGUGGUAUUGCCUGGGAUAUGACAGAUGCAGGGGUGCUGUGUAGACAGCUGAGCUGUGGAGAUGCUGUAGCAGCACCACCAUAUGGUCACUUUGGCCGAGGGUCUGGGAGAAUAUGGAUGAGUGAUGUGUCCUGCGGGGGAUCAGAAUCCACACUGAAGGAGUGUGGGUCACAAGGAUGGGGUGUACAUAGCUGUUAUCAUAAUUGGGAUGCUGGAGUGAUCUGCUCAGCUCCAGCCCCUCGAAAGUUCAGGCUGGUGGGCGGGGCUGAUCUGUGCUCUGGGAGAGUAGAGUUGCAUCAUGUGAGCUUGUGGGGCACGGUGUGUGAUGCUGACUUUGACCAGCGGGACGCAGAGGUUGUGUGCAGGGAGCUGGGCUGUGGAGUUCCUAAAGAGCUUCGGGGGGCAGUUGCGUUUGGCCAGGGGGAGGGCCAGGUGUGGGCAGAGGAGAUUCAGUGUUCAGGCAACGAAUCUCACAUUUACUUCUGUCCCAGAGCACCCUCACAGAAUCAACCCUGCUCCCAUGGAAACGAUGUGGGACUAGUGUGUUCUGGGUACACCGAGUCCAGGCUGGCUGACGGCCCUGAUAACUGCUCUGGUCGAGUGGAGCUGCAGUACCUGGGUAAAUGGGGGACAGUGUGUGAUGCAUGCUGGGACAGGAGAGCCUCCAAUGUCCUCUGUCAGCAGCUGAAGUGUGGGACUGCAGUGGCAGUGCCAGCACGGGCCUGGUUUGGAGAGGGGAAUGGGUCAAUCAGAGCCGAUGUGUUUGAUUGCCAUGGGAACGAGACACGCCUCUCACAGUGUGCUGUUUCCUCAUGGAGCCGAGCUGUGCGCUCACAUGGACAGGAUGCUGGAGUCAUCUGCUCUGGCUCUGCCCUCUCAGCUCUGGACGGGACAGUGCGGCUGACUGGAGAGGGUGCGUGUGAGGGCCAGGUGGAGGUGUACUACCAGCAGACCUGGAGCAGAGUGGGGGGGUCCUGGAGCUUCAGUGAGGCCUCGGUGGCCUGCAGGCAGUUGGGCUGUGGCUCUGCAGUGCAGGUCUACAGCUCCUCUCCGUCUGGGACGGGGGGCACUGGGGAGUGUCUGAUGGGGGUUCAGUGCUCCGGGAGAGAGGCUCACCUAGGGAACUGCAGCACUCCACACAAACUCGCCUGCAGCUCCAGGGAACAGGUGUCCAUCGUCUGUUCCAAUCACAGGACUCUCAGGCUGGUGGGGGGAGGGGGAGACUGUGCGGGACGGUUGGAGGUGUUCCACAGGGGCUCCUGGGGGACAGUUUGUGAUGACUCCUGGGACCUGGAGGAUGCUCAGGUGGUGUGCAGGCAGCUCCAGUGUGGGACGGCCCUCAGUGCCCCGCUACCCUCCUUCUUUGGGCCAGGAAAUGGAUCUGUCUGGCUGGAUGAGGUGGGCUGUGUGGGGAACGAGACGUCCCUGUGGGACUGUCCCACAGCCGGAUGGGGACAAACUGACUGUGGACACAAGGAGGACGUGGGGGUCGUGUGUUCAGAAUUCAAGGAGAUGAGACUGGCCGAGGGCUGUUCUGGGAAUUUGGAAGUUUUCUACAAUGGCACCUGGGGCAACGUGUGCUUCAAUAAAAUGACUACAGACACGGCUACUCUCAUAUGUCAGGAGCUGAACUGUGGGAAGAGCGGAUUUGUGUCUAACACACGGUCAAGACUGGAAUCAGCUCCAAACUGGCUGGAUCAAUUCAAAUGUCGCCGACAUGACUCCACUCUGUGGCAGUGCCCAUCAAAUCCUUGGAGUGAGAAUACCUGCGGGCAAACCAGCGUGGCUUCACUUACCUGCACAGGGGAAGAGGAUGAUCAAGUUCCACGAAGCAAAUUGUCACGUUCCUCAGCAGCAAAUCAGAGAGCUUACACAAGUCACUGGCCCCUCCGGCUGGUGGGGGGUGAAGGCAGGUGCUCUGGGAGGCUGGAGGUGUUCCACGAGGGCUCCUGGCGGAAGGUGUGUGGAGACUCCUGGGACACGAUGGACGUCCAGGUGUUGUGCAGACAGCUGGGCUGUGGGUCAGCAGGAAAGGCUCAUACUAAUGCUACAUUUGGGACGGGGAAGGACGACCGCUGGGUGACUGAGGUGAACUGCAGGGGCACUGAGAUGCACCUGUGGGACUGCCCACACCAGCACAGCCGCUGCCCACACCAGAACCAGGCUGGGGUCACCUGCACAGGUGAGCCUGCGACUCCAGAUCACCUCAGGCUGACUUUUCCAUGA